AAUAAAAUUGUAAUUGUUAGUUUGUUAGUUUCCAUUUUUGACAUGACUGUGUUGUGAACAUUGUUCUAAAUAUAUCCAUCCACUGGGAGAGGAUUGACAUAGACUUCAGUAGCCUCCUUAAACAUUAGGAUUACAGAAUAACCUUGCAUUCUAGAUUACAUUAUUGAAAUUCAAAGGCAAAUUUAUUGAUACAUAAACACCUUCAAAAUUACAGGUCUGUUUGAUAAUGGCUGCCAUAAUAAAAAUACACAAACCGUUUUGUCAUUUUAAAGCCAUUAUUUCUCAAAAAGAAUGAGUUCUACUUUAAGUGGCCGUUUUAGUUACAUGUGUUAAAAAUGAAGCAGUAUCAGGAUGAGCUCUGUGACCACUAUGGAGGCAGGGACACUGUUGUGUCAUGCCUGCCACAGUGUCUUGAUGAGGCCAGAACCUGGCAAGCACUUGGUGGCAUUAAUAGUCCACCUGAAAAAUCGACAUGAAAGGGGAAAAGAUUCAACACUACUUCUGGCUGCUAAUUCAAAAUUGUUCUAGUGGUGUAGACUUUAUUUCAUAUAUGUUUGUGAUUAAUUAUUCUUUUGUCACACUUCAGCUUGCCAAUUCUGUAACUCCUUGGGAUAUCUUGCUGAGCUUAAUUGCAGCUGCCACUCAUGAUCUGGAUCAUCCAGGUGUUAAUCAACCUUUCCUUAUUAAAACUAACCAUUACUUGGCAACUUUAUACAAGAAUACCUCAGUACUGGAAAAUCACCACUGGAGAUCUGCAGUGGGCUUAUUGAGAGAAUCUGGUUUAUUUUCACAUUUGCCGUUGGAAAGCAGGCAACAAAUGGAGACUCAGAUAGGUGCUUUGAUACUAGCCACAGACAUCAGUCGGCAGAACGAGUAUCUGUCAUUAUUUAGGUCCCAUUUGGAUAGAGGUGACUUAUGCCUAGAAGAUGGCAGACAUAGACAUUUGGUUUUACAGAUGGCUUUGAAAUGUGCUGAUAUUUGUAACCCAUGUCGGACCUGGGAAUUAAGUAAACAAUGGAGUGAAAAAGUAACAGAGGAAUUCUUCCACCAAGGAGAUAUAGAAAAAAAGUAUCAUUUGGGCGUGAGUCCACUUUGUGAUCGCCAGACUGAAUCUAUUGCCAACAUCCAGAUCGGUUUUAUGACCUACCUAGUGGAGCCUUUAUUUACAGAGUGGGCCAGGUUUUCAGACACAAGGCUGUCUCAGACAAUGCUUGGACAUGUGGGGCUGAAUAAAGCCAGUUGGAAAGGACUGCAGAGAGAACAGUCCAGCAGUGAAGACGCCAAUGCUGCAUUUGAGUUGAACUCACAGUUUUUACCUCAGGAAAAUCGGUUAUCAUAACCCUUCAAACAGUGGGGCAGACUGCCUCCUGCAGGAUUUUAGAAAUGUGAAAUGGGGUCUUGAGGUGAGAGAACUUACUCUGACUGCCAAGGUUUCCAAGUGAAUGAUGCCAGCAUUAUUUAUGUCCAAGAUUUUCUCCGUUGUGUCACUUGAACCCACUUUUUAAUUAUAAGACCUGAACACACAGCAAUAUGCUCUUGGCUUUUGUGUGAAACCUUGAAUGUGCAAAGCCCAGCAGGGAACCUGAAAGGAGCGAGGGAGGAGGCUUCUCAAGGUGUGCCACAUGUUUCUCAGAGCAUUUAUUCUUCAAACCAUGAAACUUGAACUGAAUCUUUCAGCAGCAAUCUCUUGGAAUUCAACCAGUCUGAUGCAACCAUGUGUGUCUGUACCUUCCACUAAGUUCUCUCUGAGAAAAUGGAAAUGUGAAGUGCCCAGUCUCUGCUGCCUCUGGCAAGACUCAGUGUUUACAAAUCAACUCUGAAAAUAUUGGUUCUAAAUUGCCUUGGAGCAUGAUUGUGAAGGAACCACUAAAAAAAAAAAAAAAGAAAGAAAAAAAUUACAAAUCAAACUUUGGACUGCAACUCUUCCCCCUGGUUUGCCUUUUUCAUUCUUUGGACGCCACCAAAGCCUCCCAUUUGCUGUAUUUUAUUUUGUGCACUGGAAACUGAGCAUUUAUCAUAGAGUACCGCCAAGCUUUCACUCCAGUGCUGUUUGGCAAUGCAAUUUUUUUUAACUGUUAGUUUUAAUUUGGGGUGGGAGGGGAGAAACAACAAUGUCCUAGCUGUAUUACGAUUCUGCAGUGAAGACAUUGCAUGUUGUUUUCACUACUGUACACUUGACCUGCACAUGCAAGAAAAAGGUGGAAUGUUUAAAACUCCAUAAUCAGCUCAGGGUAUUUGCCAAUCUGAAAUAAAGUGGGAUGGGGAAGUGUGUCCUUCAGAUCAAGGGUACUAAAGUCACUUUCGCUGCAGUGCGUGAGAGGUAUGUUGUGUGUGGAUGUGUGUUUGCGUGCAUGUUUGUGCAUGUAUGACUGUGCAUGUUGUUUAUCCAUGUGGGAAAGGAUUGGAAAUGUAAGCUUUUAUUUAUUAUUUUAGAAUGUGACAUAACGAGCAGCCACACUUGGGGGAGGGGAAGGUAGGUGAACUGUAAAGAUUGCUCCAGUUGCCUUAAACUAUGCACAAAGCUAAGUGACCAAACUUCUUGUUUUGAUUUGAAAAAGUGCAUUGUUUUCUUGUCCCUCCCUUUGAUGAAACCUUACCCUUUGAUGGGCCUUUUGAUGUGAACAGAUGUUUUCUAGGACAAAAUCUAGGGACUAAUUUUAAACUUAAAACAUUCCACUUUUGUAAUUUGUUUUAAAUUGUUUUAUGUAUAGUAAGCACAACUGUAAUCUAGUUUUAAGAGAAACCGGUGCUUUUAGUUCAUUUGUAUUUCCCUUGUUACUGUAAAAGACUGUUUAUUAAUUAUGUUUACAGUUUGUUGCAACAGCCAUUUUCUUGGGAGAAAGCUUGAGUGUAAAGCCAUUUGUAAAAGGCUUUGCCAUACUCAUUUUAAUAUGUGCCUGUUGCUGUUAACUUUUGAUGAAUAAAAACCUAUCUUUUCACAUUUUAUCUUUGAUAUUUACCAUCUAACUCAAUCCUUUGGAAAUCAGUGUUAAAUUACGAGGUAGUUACAGUUAGCUGCGUGGCUCUUGCAUUCGCUCAUCCAUCUUACUUAGAGCUGUGUGCAUGCACCAUCCUCUGGGGUCAUGCACCUUACAAGUGUGCACGCCAAGACCUGGAUGCAUAGUUUGCUCAGAGUCCUUACUAGUGUUUCACAGUAUUGGGCUUAGAGCUAGGCUUUUUGACUCCACAGUCUUUUGUUCCCACAGUUGGGAAUUGUGUAAGACAUCACUUUUUAGGAGUACUAAAAUAAAUACUAGUUGUAUUUAUUUCUAUCAUUGGCCUGUUUAAAGCGAAAUCGUAAGAAACAUCCAUUGAAUUUUUGGUUGGCAUCAAUCAAGAAUGGCCUCACCUGUCUCGUUCCAGGUCCAAUUCAUUAGAAGAGACAAAAUGCAAACUUUAAAGUCAAACAUAAUUUGUCAUUAUUUGUAUAGAAUAAUGAUGUCCGAUGAAAAUGUAAUGGAAGCCACGUAAUAAUUUACUAGUAGCCCCAUAAAGAGAAAAGGAAUUUUAAUAAUUUCAUUUUGAUACAUCUAGUAUUUUAUCAACAUGCUUUACAUUAUUUUUUAGGGGGUGGGUUACUAAGCUUUAGAACGCCAGUGUUUUAUACUUACAAUUCAGACCAGCCAUAUUGCAAGAAAGCCCACAUGUGGCUAGUGGCUACCAUAUUGGACAGUGUGGGUACAAAGAUCUGAGGGUAGCAGAGUUAUUACAGCAGAAGGUCAACUGUCCAGUCAUGAUAUGAAGUGGCGUCACCUUGGCAAAUACGUGUGCAGGGUCCGACAAGGAUCCCUGUAGGCUCACAGACCAUUAUCAGCAUAUGGUGAACUCACAAUAACUGACAUCUUAAAGAACAGUAUCAGCAUUUUGAUUUGCAAUGAGAAAUGUAACUAUCAAUCAUUCUCUCUCUUUAGGCAAAUCUUCUCGAGAAGCCAAAUUACGAACAUCGGUGUACUUGGUGAGGAUGGAUUCUGAGCAAGGGAAGCAGUUUCCUCACACAUCCCUCUCCUUUGUGGGGACAUACCUGGCGGAUGUUCAUGUUUGGGACCAGGGUACUCUAUGCCCCUGGAUGACACUAGAGAUUCUCUGCCAGCAGUUGCUUGUCCCAGUUAGCUGGCAUCCAUUAGAUACAGCAUUACCUUCAACCUUGUUUGAGUGCACCUUGGCUCCUUUCUACCUGUGUGAUUGCUUACUUCUGUGCUGAUCAGUUGUUCUUCUUAAAGUUUAGUACUCCAAGGAUUAGCUUCCUGUUUACAUAUUCUCAAAGACAUACCUCGUUGCUCCCGUUUUCCUGUCUACAUCAAUAAUAAACCCAUUGAAAAGCUGUGUUUUGUUAUAUAUAUGUGGGAAUCACGUUCUAUAACACCGCUUCUUAAACGUGAUCUAUAUUCCCUGAACAUUCAUUUUUCUAAAAAAAAAGACAAAAACUGAGGAAUUCGUUAUGUAUUUAGAUUGUAUUUUUAAUAAAAGCAAUUAUUAAGGGACAAUGCAAAAUUAACAUGAAUUUUCAAAAUAAAUUAGAGACCUCAAAAAAAGUUUGAACAUGCAACCCUGUGGGGCUCCGGGCCUAACACCUAAGUGGUGAAGGAGUCUCUGCUCGGAGGGGUAAAAAUUUCUUGGACAGAAAUUUUUGACAAGUCCUAGUGUAACAAAAAUUGAUUCAUGAUCAGUAUUUGACCUAAGCAAUGGUUUGAAAUGAUCCUCUUUGUAUAAAAGAAAUAAGAAUUACAGGUUUAUAAAGAAUCCUUUAUAAACCUGGCAAUAUCCUUGUUCCUGAGGUACGGGUUACAGGUGCUAAUUCCUUCGAGAUUCUGAAAAGGGUCUCUUUCCAUGCUUUGACUUUUAUUAAACUUACUAUUUUCUUAAAACUGCCACAAGUUUCUAGUGUCUUCAAACUUGUAUCUUAAUAUAUAGUUAAAUUCUCUCCCAAUCAGUAUCUGCCAAUUGAGAAAACAAUGACCAAUAACUUAUAUGAAUUUUUUGCAGGGGGAGGAGGAAUGGAGUUUGAACUCAGGGCCUCAGGCUUUCUAGGCAGGUGCUCUACCACUUGAAUCACUCUGCCAGCCCUUUUUUGUGGUUCCCUUUUUUGCCUGGGCUGGCCUCUAACCGAGAUCCUUUCCGAUCUCUGCCUCCCACCAAAUAGCUAGGAUUAGGAUUUAUAAGCGUAAGUCACCCGUGCCCAGUUUGUUGCUUUUCAAGAAAUGUGCAUACUAGUCACCAUAGCAUCAACAUACAUUUGGAAGAUUUAGAAUAUGUAUGUGGAAGACUUCCUCUGUAGCCACUCCUUGCUAAGGACCUGCAGACAGCCUUCAUCAUUUGGAAGAACCCUAAAGGUCCAUGGUCUAUAGGGGGGGUGACCACUCCUGGGGGGCAGUGAGCUGACAAGGCACAAAGUGGGUCACUGUCUUCCUCAUUACUGUGCUCAGCAUAGGGCUGAUGUAAAUUGGACCAUCAAUAAAUGCUCGUUGAAUAAAUUGGUAUGUAGUUAAUGCAUCCCUCUUUGGUUAUUAGAGUAUCACUAAAUUACUGAAAUUAGUUAUCUGUUUUGUGCUAAAGUGUGACAAUACCUAUUUCUGUUGUAUGCAGUGUGGCACUGGAUAUUAAAAAUUAAAAGGGGUAUUAAAAAUUAUAAAUCACGGUCUCCAUGUUAAAGUGGGUGACAGCAAUGUGUGCAAAGUAUUUGUAAUAUGACAGGUUUUUGAAUUGUAAAAAACUGGUAGUGUUUAGGAGAAUGAUUUAGUGAAUGAUGAAAAUGACACCAUUUCUAGUAACUUUUUUGUUAAGAUCUAAAUCACUUAGCUUUCAAAUUUGAGUCUAAAACAUAGUUUUAAGUAUUCAACAUGGUGCUUUUGGUAAAACACUUAGUACAUUUUAAAAUUGUAUGCCUACACUUUGUAAGUUGUCCUGCAGUCCAUCCUGAGUCUAGUAGGAUGGCAGGAGAAGAGAAAUACUUCCAUCUUUGGUAUUAGAUUUCUUGUUGGCUGUUAUUUAAAACUGAAAUAUGGUGACUUAGUCUACUGUGGCUUUCCAACUGGUCCCAUCGUCAAGUCUUUGUUAAGAAGGUCCAUCUUGUACUUAUCUUUAAACUAUGCAUUUGAGGUUUUUUUUAACAUAAAUUUGAAAUAUUUCUUCAUUGUUGAGAUA